AUACUAUCUAUAGAUUACAAGUUUUACAACAGACCCAGAUUAACGAGAAGACGAUAAUUGCGGUGGAAUAAUUCCGAGUGAAACCGACGAUCAUUUGAUACUAUGAAAUCGGUACUGAUUACGGGAUGUAACCGGGGGCUGGGUCUUGGUUUUGUAAAACACUUCGCAGCGCUCAGGAUACCGCCCGAAAAUAUAUUCGCUACGUGUCGAUCGGCUAACAACGCUCCGGAAUUACAGGCGUUAGCCGAGAAAUGGAAAAAUAUUCACAUCCUGCAGCUUGAUCUCAAAGAGACGAAAACCUACAAGCAAGUUGUAAAUUCAGUCGCCGAGAAGGUUGGGGAUGCUGGUUUGAACCUUUUGGUGAACAACGCUGGAAUCGCCGGAAAAUUUUCUCGGCUUGGCCUCGUAAAGGAGCAGCAAUUGACAGAAUCCUUUUUAGUCAACACUAUAGCUCCGAUUCUGUUGACGAAGGAGUGUUUACCACUUCUGAAACAAGCCGCUUCGAAUUAUGGAAAGCAAGGGAUGUGCAUAGAACGUGCAGCGGUCAUAAAUAUGACUUCUAUUCUCAGCAGCAUUGGUGACAAUACUCAGGGUGGAUACUAUCCCUAUCGAUGUAGCAAGUCUGCUUUAAACGCGGCGACUAGAUCCAUGAGCGUAGAUUUACAGAACGAUGGAAUUCUAGUAGCCUGUCUGCAUCCUGGUUGGAUAAAAACCGAUAUGGGUGGUAAGAAUGCUCCGAUGGAAGUCGACAGCAGCAUAAAAACAAUUAUAUCCACGCUGCAAACUCUAAACGAAAGCCACAACGGAUCGUUUUUGCAGUAUGAUGGCACCACUUUGCCUUGGUGAUUGAUAAGAUGAACGUUAAUUGGGUGAGACUAACACAAUGCAAUAAGUAUCUGAUAUUUACGAAUUGAAACCGUACCGCACCCUGUGAUGGAUACGACUUUAAUAAACGUCCAGCAUAAUAAGAGAA